UUCAACAGGAUUAGCAAACUUAACUUGUUUUACAAGGAAGAAGGCAUGCCAGUGACUCCUAAGAAAAUGUUUAUUCCUUUCUCUCAGAGAUUCUGAGUAAUAGAAAACAUGUUUGAACAAGAAUCAUUGAAGAGAAAUAUGAAACAAGAAUUAGUUCCAAGAAGAACACCUCUGGAUGUCAUUGCCACGCAAGGAUGUGCAGAACUGCCUACGCCGCUUAAGCAACGCGAAGCCCGUGCAGAGGAGCGCUGGGGCGAGCCGAGGGGGCGGCGCUGGAGCCGAUAGGCGCACGGGACGGGGGCGGGCCGAGACCAGCGUCGCAACGGGUUCGGGGCCGGCGAACGCGGGUCGGCCCGGCCGCGCUUACAGGUUGCAUUUGGAUCACAGCAACGUAUGGCUGGCAGAUAGGGCUUUCUGGAAGAUGACCAUAGAGGGUAUUCCAGAACCUUCCUUUGAAGGAGAUUCUUUCACUGAAAGAGAUCGGUUUCUGUUUCCAAGCUCUGAAACAUCUGUUACUUUUUCUGUUGCUGCAGCACCGAUGCCUUCAGACUGUGCAGAGUUUUCCUUCUUCGACCCCAAUGACGCAGCGUGCCAGGAAAUACUUUUCAACCCCAAAACGUCUGUUUCUGAAUUGUUUGCUAUCUUAAGGCAGUGGGUUCCACAGGUCCAGCAGAACAUUGAUAUCAUUGGAAACGAGAUCAUUAAAAGAGGUUGCAACGUGAAUGACAGAGAUGGACUGACUGAUAUGACUCUUCUGCAUUACACUUGCAAAUCAGGGGCUCAUGGUAUUGGUGAUGUUGAAACCGCGGUAAAAUUUGCAAUGCAGCUUAUUGAUCUGGGUGCUGAUAGCAGCUUACGCAGCCGUUGGACAAAUAUGAAUGCCUUGCAUUAUGCUGCUUACUUUGAUGUUCCAGAACUUAUUAGUGUUAUUUUGAAAAAUGCAAAGCCAAAAGAUGUGGAUGCUACCUGCAGUGAUUUUGAUUUUGGAACAGCUUUGCAUAUUGCUGCAUUUAACCUAUGUACAGGAGCUGUCAAAUGUUUGUUGGAACAUGGAGCAAAUCCUGCCUUUAGGAAUGACAAAGGGCAGAUCCCAGUGGAUGUGGUUCCCGAUCCAGUAGAUAUGCCACUGGAAAUGGCAGAUGCAGCAGCCAGUGCAAAAGAAAUCAAGCAGAUAUUGCUGGAUGCGAUGCCUCUGUCAUGUGACAUCUCAAAAGCCAUGAUUGCAAACUAUGAUCAUAUCACAGGCAAGGCCAUGCUUUUAUCGCUUGGCCUGAAGCUGGGAGAUCGUGUCGUUAUUGCAGGACAGAAGGUUGGUACGUUAAGAUUUUGUGGCACAACAGAAUUUGCCAGUGGGCAGUGGGCUGGCAUAGAGCUGGAUGAAGCAGAGGGAAAGAACAAUGGGAGUGUUGGAAAAGUCCAGUACUUCAAGUGUGCACCAAAACGUGGUAUCUUUGCACCUCUCUCUAAAAUAAGCAAGGCUUAUGAUCACAAGAAAAGCUCUGCACGAAGUUCUUCCACACGAUCUUCACCUUUGAUCAAAUCCAAGAAAAUAGAUGUGACGCACAUAACUUCCAAAGUGAACUCUGGCAUAAAUAAGUCAAGAAAACCCAGUGGUUCUGAAAACAAAUUCAUGACUGUUAAUAGGGGGAAAACGGUACCUGCAAAAGGAGGUUUUCCUGAAUACAGCAGCUCUUCCUCUUCUACUACAUCCUUAGAAGGCAAGCAGAAUUACGCUAAGAAGCGGAACUCAACUGGCAGCAAUAAAAAGCCACUGACCAGAGUGUCUUCUGCUUCAUCUAGACUUAGUGCCGGGUUGUACAGUUCUUCUCCAGCUCCAAGGAAAACCCUUUAUGAUGAGAGAGGAAUUCAGGUUGGAGACAGAGUACUGGUAGUAGGACAGAGGACAGGCACUGUUAGGUUUUGUGGGACGACAAAAUUUGCACCAGGAUUCUGGUGUGGAAUUGAAUUGGACAAGCCUCAUGGUAAGAAUGAUGGCUCCGUGGGUGGCGUCCAGUACUUCAGCUGCCUUCCUCGCUAUGGAAUAUUUGCACCUCCUUCUCGUGUUCAGAGAUUAACAGGUUCGAUGGAUUCUCUUGCAGAGACUUCGAGUAAGAUAAAUCACUCUUUUCCAGGUUUUAGACGCAGUUUAAGCACCACUUCUGCAUCUUCACAAAAAGAGAUAAGCAGAAGAAAUUCCUUCGCUAGAUCCAAGAGCUCUGUGUCACGGCACAGCUGGAGCCACCCCAGCACAGCUACCACAGAGGGACUGGUGAAGCUGCACGAAGGCUCACAGAUUCUUCUGACCAGCUCCAAUGAAAUGGGCACCAUCAGGUACAUUGGUCCGACAGACUUUGCACCGGGGAUAUGGCUUGGCCUUGAGCUGCGAAGUGCCAAGGGCAAGAAUGAUGGCUCUGUGGGGGACAAGCGUUACUUCACCUGCAAGCAGAACCACGGUGUCUUGGUUCGACCUAGCAGGGUAACCUACAGGGGGAUCAAUGGGGCUAAACUCGUGGAUGAUAUCUGCUGAGCCAGAAGAUGCUCAGAUGAUAGGAAACAUUUAAAGCACACAGGAUCCCCGUACAGAAUGCCAACUUAUUUUUAAAUUAUCAAACCUGCAUUUAUAUUUUAUGUAUAGAUAGAUAUCUAUAAUAUAUAUUUGUAUUUAUAUAUAUACAUAUAUAUCACAUCACACACUAAGUAUACAGAGAUAGAUAUAAACAAACAAAAGUUCAGUGUCAUUAAGAAGUCAAACCACUGCUCUGUUUCUCUUAAUGAAACAGCUCUUACCUGGGAAGGUAAUUCCAAAAGCAUAUUGGCUUUCAGAUGCUGUGUUAUUUGAAUCAUGCUCCAGCUGGAGAACAUGAGUACACCUAAAGUUCUCUAGAGUUGCUUUAUGAUUCAUGCAGUAUUUAAACGAUUUUCCUCUGUGUAGUAAUGAACUGAUAAUGCUUUGUGCAUUGCCUGCUUUUGAACAGAGGGGGUGGUUAAUGAGUGACAUUAGUCUGUUCACCAUGCACUAUGUCAAUUUCAAUACCAGCUGCUAGCAAUAAAAAAAAACCUCUUUUUUUUCAAGCAGUUAUGAGAUAUUUCUAUCAUCAGAUCCCUCCUCUUCUUUUUCCCCUGCCAUUGUCUCCUCCAAAUCCAAAAGGGCUGAUAAAUAAAUGCAGGUAUUUGCAGUGAUCCUAGCAAACAGCAAAUAAGUAAAAAGCCUUUAAAAAGCACAAAUGUAGUGCAUGUCAGGCAGUAAAUUUGUUGUAUAUAUACGAAGCACUCCUUAAAAUAAUGCACUUUGCACUCUCCUGGGGAACACUCCCUCCUUUAUAAAGGUUUGGUGUGCUGCAGGCAAUAGGUAUCAUAGUUUUUAAAUGCACAGAAACCCUGAGAGGAGCUACGCAACAUAACUGUCCAGUAGUCUGUACAUACAGCAUGGCCAUCCCUGCCAGCAGUAUGUGUUAUGGGCUGGGUUUUCAAGCAAGCUAGUACCACUUCAAUUAUUUCUGUUUCUUUUUGUUUUCUUUGGUACAGUUUCCAGUGUAAGUUUCUUGUAAGAGGCUUAGGAUAAAUUAAAGAUAAUUUUACAUACCGCACUGUAACAUAAGUUGAUGUGACAUCACUUGCAUAUCAGCCUUUUUUAAAAACAGCUUGCACUUGUCCCUGUUUUAAACAUGUAAUGUGUUUUAAUUGCUCACCGUUAUCUCACUAUUAUCAGGGUGGUUCUGUGUUCCAGAUAAUCAUCUUAUACUUAAAUGAUCUGCUUGCUUUUACCUACUUGAAAGAAGAGACACUUUAAAUGAAGUUAGUAUCCUAUUUUUAGACAGAAUUCUGCUGCUAUUAUGUUAUUUUAAAUACUACAGUAGCUAUUUUUCCUUGGCUGUAUUUAAAAUACUGCAUAUUGUACUCUAGCUUAUGGGGCGUUUUUAAUUGAAUAUAAAAGUUGUAAAUUUUGAAUGUAAAAAAAAAAUAAUCAGUGCUUUAUAUUUGAAGUACCAAACUGAGUGACAUACUGAACAUGACUUUGUCCAAUAUCUGUUUCUUGGUGUAUUAGUAAAAUGAAAGCCUGGUGAAUAGUA